GUUAGAACAACUCCUACCAAACUUAUUAAUGAUCGCAGUAAAUUUUUGAGAACCAAUAAAUCUGUUCUCGAUCAAUAUCUUUCACAUGAUCUACCCGAUGAGAUGAUUGAAAAUUCAGCAGUCAUUGGGUUGCAGUUAGCGU